GAGGAAUGGCUCUAGAAGGUGAUAAAAAGAAAGUAAAUGGUUGUCAUAUAGCUGUUGGUGCUCCGGGAAGAAUUAGACAUUUAAUUGAGAAAGGACUGCUAAUAGUUGAAAAUGUUAGAUUAUUUAUUCUAGAUGAAGCUGACAAAUUAAUGGAAAGCAAUUUUCAGAAGGACAUUAACUUUAUUUUUUCAAAAUUACCAUUGAGUAAACAAGUAAUAGCAUCGAGCGCAACUUACCCUGGUGAUCUUGAAACCUUUUUAUCAACAUAUAUGUGUUCUCCAGUUUUAACAUCUCCAGAUAAUGAUGGUCCGAUACUUAUUGGAUUAAAACAAUUUGUAGCUAUCGUUCCCUUUCAUCCAAAUGCAAUGAAACAGGUUUGAUUUGUUUGUGAUAUUUCAUUAACUCCUUGCCAUACUUUAACGAUUCAGAUUUGUGGUGAAGAUUUCU